AUGGCUGCGCCAGCCGUCGAACGCUCUCGAUCUCAGUCGAGCCCCGACAUCUUCGGACUGCCAUUGUUCGGCGCCGAGUCUCCUGCAAGCGCCCCAGCGACCUCUCAUGGCGAGGGAGCCAUUGACUGGAAGAGCUGGGGCGACCUGCCUGCGUUUGAGGUGCCUUCAUUCAACACCGAUUUCCAUCUGGAUACCACUGUCUUCACCAAUAAGAAGCAGAGCCAAUCUGCGCUGGAUGCUGAGCCACAACCAACGCCCCAGACUAAGCCAGUGGUGUCACAGCCGGCAUCAAGACCAGCGCCCAAGGACCACCCCAAGGAACAGGCCGCCGCGAAGCAACUUCCAAAGCCAGGGGCUUUGGCGCGGUCAAAGACGGGUUCGCUGAUUCACCGACCGCGCUCAUGGCUCUCGUCUAGUUCCAAGUCGUCGAGGAAAUCAGCAAAAGAGGAGCGCCUGAACAAUCAGCCCACGGCCAAAGCUGAGCCUGUCCCACCCAACCCGACGCCAUCCGAGGCAGCGCCACAACCGCGACCGCAGCCGCGCGGUCUGCCCAAUUCUUCAACGUUCGCCAGCUUCUCGAGGUGGUCCUGGGCAGCAUCGUCGCGCUCACCGUCGCCCAAGAAUGCUCCCGAACCGCCGCCGCCGCCGCCGAAGCCAUCGGUGACAGCUGCCGCAACCACCAAGGCGGCCAAGAUACCGCCAGAACGCCUUCAGCUCAUCACAGACACUGGUUUCAAGCAGGUUGAGACGCCCGAGCUCUUGAAGCCAUCGGCGCCGAAACAGCCCGCCCGGGCCAACUCAUACUUCGCCAAGAUCAAACAAAAGCCACCGGCCUUCAUGAGCAAGCCACAAGAGCCCCUGGGUUACAACCACAGCUGCGCGUCUUCGUCAACCACGCUUGGCGGCAACCGUGCAUCAAACAGCGACAAGUCGAGUGUUUCACAAUCGACUUGCAGCGACGGAAACACCAACACGCCCGCCACUGACGAGUCGUCAAACGACAUGACGCCCCAUCUGCGAGACCCGCUGUGGUCCUCGUUCAAGACGCUUGAGGUGGAGAUCAAGGGCCACGGCGCCAAGAAUGCCGCGCAGCGCGUUGGCCAGGUGAAGAAUAUGCUAUUGCCAUUUCUGCGAAGUACCAUGGAUCACCACUCGACCAAGAGCCUGAGCCUGGAGGACGUGGAUCGUCGGGCGACCGUCCUGAACAAGUGGUGGAUGUCAAUCCUCGAGAUGCUCGAUGACAGAGGGCAAAACCCCGUUCCGGGUGUGGAUCGCCCAAUACUCCUCGAGGCUGCGACCCUUCUCAUGAUGAGGUCCGAGUGGCGCCUGGCGACAUCCAGUUUCAUGCCCCUCGCCGAGCGCUCGCCCUCUGAGCGCGUCCGCUCGCGGUCGUGGACAAAUGCCUCCGGGUCGACCGAAGACUCCCAACAGUCCGCCAUGUUGGCCGAAUCCGCGGAGCACAAUGUCAGGACAAUGUUUGUGACUAACCUUGUGAGGCAGAUGAGCUACGUUGUGGACAGGAUGUCGAUGCGCCACGCCCCGCUGAGCUUGGUCAACUUUUCGGGCAAGGCGUGCGCUUACGCCUUCUUUUUCGCCCCGGGCGUCGCCGACAUCUUGGUCCGGCUCUGGGGACUCACGCCGGAACUGAUUCGAAGAACGGCGGACGAGCUCGGGCUGCCUCGAAAGGACACCGGCGAGAGCGGGGACAUCACAGCGCUGUUCCCACCAAAGUUGGGCACUUUUGGCUGGAGGUCGGCCCGGACAACGUGGGACACCCUCAAGCAGAUCCCCAGGAUGUCUUUGCUCGUGGCCAGGAUUGCCUGGACUGGACCGUGGGUAUCGAGAUGGAAGGGACGAGAUACCGAUCUCUUCUUCAUCUUUUGCAAGUACUUUCACGUCCUGUCUAAUCAGUUCAUUCCGCCCGGACUGCCACUGAUGGAGAAGGCGCGGUCGCCGGCUUUCGUCCUGGUGCACUCGCAGCUGCUCUCGAUUCUCGAUACCACGGUUCACCGCCAAACGGCCAUCGAACACGCCUACGGCCCGCCGUUGAUUGACCAAGUGAACGGAGCGGACGCGACGGUCCUGGCCAUGCCACUACCGCCAACCAAUCUGAUGAAGGGCAUGUCGGAGAACCGGCUGGUGAUUCUGCUCCGAGACGUGCUCACCGACGAUGCGCCCGAGCUGGGUGACGCGCGCAACACCUUUGCAGAGACCUUUACCGCACUCAUGAAGGGCGCGACCUGUCGGACCUCGCAGUUUGACAGUGCGGCCUGCUUCACUCUGUGCGACUUUCUGGAAGAGGCCAUCAUGAUCUUCCACGAGGCCGAGUCCCGUGGCUUGUCCGCACGCUACGUCGACUGGGGCUUUUGGCUUGAUGUGUGCAAGCGCAUUAUGGAUUCUCUCAACACGAUGUCUGAGGUUCGCAUGCUAUCGUUCUUGUUCACUGUGUGGGACGCAAUAACGAAGGACCCGCGACGAAAAGCGACGCUCUGCCUUGACUGGCUCCUCACCGAGGACACCUUCAACACCUUCUUCAACAACUGGUGUCCGAUGGUCCGCGCCUACUACCACCGUCUCCUGUGCUGGAGGAUCUGCCGCGACGACGGCAGCGCGAACGAGACUGAUCUGAAGAUCAUGUCUGUCGCGGCAGCCAGGCUCAAAACCGUCUGGUCGCAUUACCUCUACCUCAAGCGGACCGCAGAGGAGUCUGGCCGUGUCCCACUGUCUACCGUCCCCAUGUGCCCUGCCUUGGGCAAGAAGUUUAUGAUCAUCCGCCAGGAAGCGGGCCCUCCUCAAGCAGGGCUGUUUAUGGGGUUCGAUACGUUCGCGCGCACCAACAGCAGCGAGACGUCGUCGUGGGCUGGGUUCCCCGACACGGGGCUAGUCGGUAAAGGCGACUCGAAGAAGCGUUGGUCCCUCUUGGGCAAGGUGCUCUCCAUGACUGCCGGCAACGGGAUUGACCAGACACCGGCGUCUGAUUUCUCCGCAAGACACUCUUUCCUUGAAAAUCAGUCGUACGGCGCGAAGGGAGAUUCGGGCGAGAUUCCGGGUCGGUUGAUUGGGUCGACGUCGAGCAGCGCCAAAGUGCAGGGACCGGCAAGCGAGCCAGAUGCAGAAUCUCCUUCCGAGGUGGACGAGCAAAAGUACGUGUUUAGGUUCAUUCUGGGAUGGAUGCAACACCACAAUGUGGGCCGCGACCUCACACGCCCGAGGCUGCCAGCGCCCGCGCAGGCACAUGUCAGCGCGAGAGCUCGGAACAGCAGCGUCUCGUCGCCGACGCCGACAACCCUGGCGGGUAUGCGUCGCGUGUCCGACACUCGACCGACUGGAUCGACCCAGAGUUCCAGGAGAAGCUCCGUCAACGCGUCUGUCGAAGAGUGGCUUCGGGGCACGCCAACGGCGGUGGCCGCGCCGACAAAGAAUGGCUGGAACGGCGCCUCGAGCGCCGGCAGCGAGAGGCGCAGGAGCUUGGCCGGAGAGUGGUCGCCGGCCACAUCGGAGCUGCUGGACUUGCAAGACUCACCGCGCGAGCCCCUGACCAAGGCGGUGAAGCCGGUGGGCAUGUACGCCAGGAACGCCAUCUACUCGGGACGUGCGCUGGCGGAGUGGUCGCAGGUGGUCAACGAGUGCAACAGCUUUAUGGACCGACGCAAGGAAGAGGGCGUCGCCCGGCUAGCGGACGUGGAGGUGCCGCAGCUGGGCGUCGAGGGGUUCCGAAAAGCCGGCUAG